AUGUCUGUCGCCGCCACCGCCAAGCGCCCGGAGAUCAUCGAGAUCGCCCGCGGUCUCGACCAUGUGCCCAUGUGUGAGGAGUUCGAGAAGAUGAUCUCCGGUAUGAUGUACAACCCCAACGCCCCGAAGUUGCUGGAGGGCCGCCACCGCGCGCGCGGGGUAACGCAAGACUACAACAACCUCGACGCCAAGACCGUUUCUUACGACCAGAUCUACGACGUUCGCCUGGACCUGCUAAAGAAGAUCGUCGGGAAGGUCGGGUCCGGCACGUUUGUCGAGCCGCCGUUUCUGCCGGACUAUGGGUGUAACAUCAGUAUUGGGAAAGAUUGUUUCAUCAACUUCAAUUUCACCGCCCUGGAUACCAGUCUGAUCCUCAUCGGCGACCGCGUGCAGUUCGGUCCCAACGUCAGCAUCUUCACGGCGGGUCACGACGUCAGCGUCUUGUCGAGACGGAAGUUCGUCGAGUUCGGCCACCCGGUGACGAUUGAGGAUGAUUGCUGGAUUGGAGGAAAUGUGGUCAUUUUGCCGGGUGUGACGAUUGGCAAGGGCACGACGAUUGCCGCGGGGUCAGUCGUUACGAAGGAUAUUCCGGCCUACUCGGUGGCCGUUGGAAGCCCGUGUCGGGUCAAGAGAACCCUUCCGACCGUGGAGCAGGAGGAGCAGGAUCCUAACAACCCCUACCGCAACUUGGUUCGCGAGGAUCGUCGGACGUGGCUGGGCAAAUCGGGCAGACAGGAUAGGAUGUCUUGGUAUCGCGUGCAGACGAUGUUGCCGUUAAGGACGUCGGCAGUUCGGAUCAUGACAGAAGGAGGGCAACAGGGCCUCGGAGAUUCGAUUUGUGCAGAGUGGGAGUCGCAGAAACGACGCAGAUUGCAACAGGAAGAUCGGGAUAGUAUUCGACCAGGAAGGGCGAUAAACCUGGAGCCGGAGGAUUCAGCCCUCGAGAAUGUGGAACCCGCCUAUGGCAUUGAGAUAGAUCAGACAUCUCCUGAGACCACGACACCGGUAUUUGACGACCAUGGCCCAUACCCCUUGGAUAAUGUCGACUUUUCUAUUGACGAGGCUGUGCUCGCAUCCCUGUCGGUUCCCACUCUAGAGGGCAUCGCUCCUGUUGAACAUUCAGCGUUGAACCCGGAAGAUCAUCUAUUAGCCAAUACCAUGGAGAGUGUACUUACGAGCAACCAAGCGCUCAUGCCUCCUGUUUCAUCAUCAGCAAACGGGUGGCUGUGGGAUGCGACGCUCGCGCUCGUCUCUCGACAAGGUCCUAUUUUGUCUCGACCGUAUCUUGAACACCUAAGAAAAUAUGAAAAAGAAGAUCAAUGGUCAUUCUACCAACUGUCGGGAUGUCCGACCGAUCUUGUCGGACAUCUAUUUUCGCUCGCUGAGCUGGCUCAUCAACGCGAAUUAGCUUCGUCCAUGACAUGGCUGACAUUCGAUAUAACGCCCAUCUUACAGAUCGAAGACCAGAUUCGGCAGUGGGAGCACCCUCUAUAUUCUGGUCAUUUGGCUGAGCCCGACUCCGACUCUGAAGACUUCGAGGAGGCGGACGAAGCUGGUUUCAAUGAUCAACAGGAUAGAUACCACUGUGCAGAGGCCUGGCGAAAUUCUCUGCUGCUAUACAUUGAACGGGUGUUUAAGUGGGAACGCGACACCCCUCGUCCCAACGCUUUGAGUCGACUAGCUCGAAUAACGCUUGAUCAUGUUCGAUGUUGUCGGAAGACAUCGUUAACGCAGAAAUCGCUCCUGCUGCCCGUAUUCUUAGCGGCGAGCGAGACGUCCAGUGAGGAAAUGAGGGACAUUGCAAGGGAUUUUUGCCGAUGGUGGGGAGACCGAAGCCGAUACCACAUGUUUCAUUCUGUUCCCGCGUUAUUGGAGGAGAUCUGGGCUGGAGACUGCUGGUGGGGAAGUGUUGUCGAUUCGAAGACCAGAGGGACAGCUGGUCAUGCCUCGGUUCAAUUUCUUCUUGGAUAG